UGGCAACUACAACUCUGUUAUAGAUACAGGAAACUUCCUGUUGACGGCGUUGCCAGAUUGUCGCCAAUCUUCGUGGCAACUUCGCCACUUACCGUUAGCCCUUCCACCAUUCGCCAUUCACCAUUCGCCGCAUCGCACGCAUGUAAUGCUGUAAGGACGAAAAGCUCAUCUGCAGGAGCGGGCCAGAAGGCAAACUCGCUGCUUCGCUUAUGCUCCACACACAAAAAACUGAUACACACGGAAAAAUCGCUGACAUUCAUUCACCGAAUACCGAGGCGAGAAGCGCAACCGCCUGCACGAAACGUGGUUACCAAUAAAUUAAUACAAAAAAAUAAAAAGAAGGGAAAAUAAAAGAUUGGUGAUCAGGACAAAAAAUUAAAUAAUAGUCCCUGAGUGAAAGACGUUAGCAUUUGACUUUUUGUUUUGUGUGUGUGUCUCUGUGCGUGCGUUAGUUAAAAACACGGAUACAACGGCGAAAGGAUAUAGGAAACACGUAUAUAUACACGAGUGUGCGCGUAUGUGCGUGUGUGUGUUGGGGCCACGUGAAGGCGAAGGCGAAGGCGCGCAACAACAGGAGCGGUUGGGAUAGAGAUAGAGAUAGAGAAAGUGACAGUGACAGUGGCUGGCGAAAAACCGAAAGUGAAAAUUGAAUUCGAGCAGCAGCAGCAACAGCAGUAGCACUAGCAGCAGCAGCAGGAAGGACUCGCAAUCAAAAUCAGUAUCAACGGGCGCGUAUCCUUCAGCCGUAAACUGUUGAAUAUAGAAUGACGCUGCUGACAAAAAUCAAUGUUAAGCACAAAGAAGCAGCAGAAGCAGUAACGGUAACAACAGCCAGGAUCCAUAGUCUGCACCGUUCCUCCAGAUAAAGAUAAGGCUCUAAGGAUAAGGAUAAAACGAGUGAGAGUGAGAGCGAAAGAGAACGAACACAAAAAGCAAGGACUAGAGGCACAAAAACCUACAGUGGCGGAAGGGCCCUUUCAAGUGCAACAAUCGCCGAAAUUCUCUGCAACCUUACCAGGACCACCACCAACAACACCACCACCACCACCACCGCUACCAUCACCAUCAUCCCCUCUUCAUCCACUUGCUGCCCCCCUGCAAAAAAAAAGUGUGCUAUCCUUUUUAUUAGUAACUGUUGAGGGCUGAGACAAAAGCAAAAUGAAGCCAUCGGAUUUGUUGUUGGUGCUAGAGAAGGUCAAGUUCAGGGUGCCUCUGCCGCCGGGGGUUAGCUCGACGACGCUCCUGCCCAAGCUCAUCCGCACCAAAGAUGUGAAGCAGCUGCAGGACGGCAACGCACAGCCACAGAAGCCCAAGCUAACGAAAUGUCUGAACACGCUCGACCUGACUUCGCUGGGCAUCGGAUCCUGCUGCGGCACGGGCAUGUACCUGGUGGCCGGCAUGGUGGCCCAGAAGAUAGCCGGCCCCGGAGUGAUUAUUAGUUUUAUUAUAGCCGCCAUAGCGAGUAUUUUCUCAGGCGCCUGCUAUGCAGAGUUUGGCGUUCGUGUGCCACACACUUCCGGCUCGGCCUAUAUGUAUUCAUAUGUGGCAGUUGGAGAAUUCGUAGCUUUUAUAAUUGGUUGGAACAUGAUAUUGGAAUAUCUAAUAGGAACAAGUGCCUGUGCCUGUGCGUUAAGUUCUAGUUUCGAUUCCCUGACCGGCAAUGCCAUAGCCCGAACGAUAAGCGAGUCCAUCGGCACGAUAUUCGGCAAACCACCGGACUUUAUUGCCUUUGGCAUUACGCUGCUCAUGACCUGCGUCCUGGCAAUGGGGGCCAGCAAGUCGGUCAUCUUCAAUCACUCCCUCAACGCCAUUAACCUGGCCACGUGGGUGUUCGUCAUGGCUGCCGGGCUGUUUUACGUGGACACGAAGACGUGGUCCGAGCACCAGGGAUUCCUGCCGUACGGCUGGAGUGGUGUUUUUUCCGGUGCUGCCACCUGUUUUUACGCAUUUAUCGGUUUCGAUAUCAUCGCGACAACUGGUGAGGAGGCGCACAAUCCGCAAAAAAGCAUCCCGAAAGCGAUCGUUGGUUCCCUGGUCGUCGUGCUAAUCGCCUACGUUAGCGUUAGUCUAGUCCUAACAUUAGUGGUUCCCUAUGAUCACAUCAACACGGGAGCGGCUUUAGUCCAGAUGUGGUCGUACGUGAAUGCUCCGAAGUGCCGUGCGAUAGUGGCCAUCGGAGCUACCGCUGGACUCUCGGUAGCCAUGUUUGGCUCGAUGUUUCCCAUGCCGCGCGUCAUCUAUGCAAUGGCCCAGGAUGGUCUGAUCUUCAGACAACUUUCACAGUUGUGGCAACGCACCAAUGUCCCCGGACUAGCGACCAUCGGCAGCGGUCUUGCCGCCGCCCUGGUGGCACUCACCGUGCGCUUGGAGAUCCUUGUUGAGAUGAUGUCGAUUGGGACGCUGUUGGCCUACACAUUGGUGUCCACCUGUGUUUUGGUCUUGCGCUACCAGCCGCAUAGUACCUCGCUGGUGGAGCUGCUGCCGGCCCAGCUACGCACUCCAGUGGCACCCGGUACCGCCAGCGAUUCUCGAUCCCAUGUAACGCCCGCCGAGGUACUCGAGAUCCCUGGCAAGCUAACCAUCAAGCGGGUAACGCGCGGUAUGUCCGACUCGGAUGACUCCUUCAUCGACGACAGUCCGGAGGGAUUUCUGGGCGGUCGGGACGAUCAGUUUUUGGUAUCCGAUCGAUCCGAGAACAAGUUCUACGGCAGUGUACAUGGCGCACCCACCGGACCCACCGGUCAGGCGACUGCCUUCGAUGCCAUGGGCUUGAACUUUGUUAGCCGGAAGAUUCACGACUACGCGUACCUGUGCCCUGGCUUCUUUCCCUGGAUAAAUCCUGGCCAGGCCACCGCCGAGAGUGGCAUGUACGUCACCAAGCUAGUGGGCAUCAUGUUCGGUCUCAUAUUCUUCCUGGACCUGUUCGCGGCCAUUGGCUGGUCCGGUGGCCUCGCCGCCUUCAUUUAUUUCAUUUUGUUUAUCGGCAUAUUUGUGAUACUAUUGAUUAUAUCGAGGCAGCCGCAGAAUAGGUAUGCGUUGGCCUUCCUCACUCCCGGACUCCCUUUCAUUCCGGCCAUUGCCAUUACCGUGAACAUCUACCUGAUAUUUAAGCUGAGCAUUCUUACGUUGGUCCGCUUCACUGUGUGGAUGUCCCUGGGAUUCGUUAUGUACUUCUACUACGGCAUCACGCACAGCAGCCUCGAGCAGACCAGCGAUGAUCUGGAGUUGCACGUUGACUACAGCAAAAACGUCGAAGAAAAGGCCGUGUGGGAUCAGCAAUCGUACAACCAGACCCACGAGCCCGUUUGGGCUAGCAAGGAGGUGAAGCAGCCGUCGAAGCAACGUUAUAACUAUGGAAAGACCACAUCGUCUUCGUCGUCGGCACAGGGCAGCUCGAGGAGUGGCCAAGGCAGUGCGCCGGAGAAGCCACCGGGCAGGAGCACCACAGGCCCCAACCGACCGGUUCCACCUCCCCCGAUAGCUGGCCAGGCGAAGGGAUCAGGCAGUGGUCCACCGAUGGAACGCCAAUACACCGGCCAGUUCAGCAUGUUCGUGGACGAAGGCCAGUUCCCGACGUGGGAAGACUAAGUGGCAAGCUCUAUUAACAUAUAUCCCAAUCCCAGUCCCCCUUUCCCAUAUCCCAAUAAUACCCUCUGAUUCCUGAGUGAUGCUCCAUAAAAGAAAGAUAACUUACAUCGGCUCCGAUCUUAAUGGCUGGCGAUAUGGAUCGUUUUCUAGAUUUGGAUUUGGAUCUGAAUGCGGUCUGCCGGGGGCAGCUCACUCACUUGUAAAUAUGAUUAGAGAUGUUAAGUUUAUCCAUAUGGCGAAGUGUGUCGUUACCGAGUUGCAGAUGCAUACCGUAUACAAGGCAUGUGCAUGUGUCCUGGGCGGCGGAGUUACUGUUCACUGCACUCUGCCCGACCCCCAUCGAGGUCACUGUUAUACACAUAUACCAUAUACAAUAUAUAUUAUACAUAUAUAUAUACAUAUAUAUAUAUAUAUAUUGAUUAUACAAGCAAAUAUAUAUUUACAUAUAUAGCGAUGGGUUAUUAGUUCAGCAAAGAGUUAAAGUGCAAAGUUGCCGAAUUCCAAUUACCCGAACCUUGAUACCAAACCGACCGAUUAGCGAUAGGCGAUAAGCAAAAACCAUAGACAACAGAUAACCGAUAACCAAAAUGAACGAUUGUGCUCAACUCCGAUUGGCAAGCGUUUUGGGUGACGUUGGUCAAUCGGCUUUCAGCACAGGAAUCAGGAAGGCAGACGAGAUAAUACAUAUGCAUAUUUCUGAAUUAUUCAGAUAUAUCCUGUAGUGAGUUGGGUGUCGGGGUGCUACCAUGCACAAUUGUACAUUUACGGCACCACCACCCCCACACUCACACUCACUCCGACACGAACAGAAGAUUAACGAAAAACCCUGGGCUUGUGAAAAGAUCACCGAAGUAGAUCAGAGGUUACCUUUCGUAACCCCAAAUGAUAUUGGACCUCUGACCCAAGACGAUCUUUGCAUAAAGUUGGGUUUUACUUACACACACACACACACACACACAGAGAGACUCACACAUAAAAAAAGGACAAAAGAAAACUGACGAUCUUAAAUACUAAACCUUAUGUACCUAUGAUUCUAUAUUGUUGUUUACAUAUUUAUGCUAUGCAUUUUAUAUGGCGCCUGGACGCGAGGUUUUACAGUACAGUACGCUCUGCCUACGGCCGUCCCGUCUCACUCACUCUAUCGGAAUGUUAUUUGUUUUUUAUUCUAUAAGCUCGCGCUAAACUAAAACUCAUUUUUAAGCGGCAUUUCGCAUUCGUUGUAAUACAAUUCAUUUUACUAAUGGAAUACCAAGCAAAAAUUAUACAAAUAUGCAUAUAUAUUUAUAAAAAAAAAAAACUACCAUAUAGACAAAUACCAAAGAAUACCAAAAUAUUUAUUGAACUAUUCAAAUUUAAACCAAGGAUAAAACCAAAGCAAGCAUAACUACAAAUAUGUAUAAACACAAUGAUAACUUAAACCAAAAAGCAAAUAUGAUAAUGAAAACAUUUAUGUACAAGCAUACUUUUUUCCACUUUAUAUACUAUGUACAAGCAAACCAUGCAUAACUAUUUUUAGCUAAAUUACAAGUACAUAUAUGGCAAACGUUAAAACGAAAUCAACCUUUUUAAUAAUAAUAAUACUUAUAAUAAUUUAUUCCUUUUGUACUUCACGACUUUGUACAGGAAAGAAUCCGAAUAGCGAAUAUCAAAGAUUGCAACAAGAACUCAAUAACCUAGGGCUAGCUUUCGAUUCGAUCUAGCCCCGAAACAGAGAAAAACACUAUUUAUAUACAAAACAAACAACUUACCGUCUAAGACAUUCAAUAUAUUUUUUUUUUGUUAUUUUGAAUUUCUUUCAUUCGAUUCUAUUUAGUUAAAUCCGUUAAAUUUCGAGUGCCAAAAACAAUGCACCAUGCACUUCUUGAACCAGUAGCAGAAAACAUAUUGUAAGUCUAAGGACCGAAACAAAACUAGUUCCAUGUUCCACUUACUCAAUAAUAGGGUUUUCGAAGAGGAGCUUUCCGGACCAACUACUUAAGAUAUAGUGCCACCCAACGGUCCUGCACCACGUAAUGUGUACUUAUCAUUUUUGUUCAAUAAAAAACUUUCUUGAUUUGUUUCUUAACUCUUAAAACCGAACACUAUUUGUACAUACACAACCUACACAUACACAGGCAGGCAACAAAAACAAACAGUGCGAAUGUAUAUUUUUAUGAACAAGACACGAAAAUGAAGCAACUAAAGGGAAACGAAACUCAGAUACAAAAGUAAUAACUAAAGAAUAACAUAUCCUACCACACAGCUUAAAGAUGAGAUAUAAAAAUAAUGGAACUCAACAAGCCUACAUUCAUCAGAUAGUUUCGAAAAGCGAUCGUUUAUCAGUUACCAAUUCCAUGUUUUUAUUUCGUUACGAAUUUGGGUCAAAGUUUUUAUUUAAACUAAUACGAUUUGAUUUGUGAUCUUGUGAAUCCCAACUAUCUGUUGAGUGUUCGCUCAGAGGAGUUACCAUCCGUACUUCUAUAUGUCGGUCCACUUAUGGAACAUAUUUAAGUGACAAAAUUUACAGUACAGGCAAUCCAGUAACUGCGAGCUGAAGCAGCUUGCUCUUCCACCUUUCGGUUCUUUCGGUACCACCAAGUUAAGAUAAAUGUUAUGGGAAUAUGAUAGUUUUAAUAGAUUUUUCUACAGUUCCAAUUUAAAGCGAAUAACAACCAAAUCAACAUAACGUGCAAUAUAUUGAUAAGUGUAAAGGGAAAACCAAAAGCUUCCGUUAACAAAAAGUAUGCAUUUUACUACCACAUAUUAUUUCCAUACUUUUCUAAUCCCUCAAAUGGAUAAUAAAAAAACAACUAACUCUAAGGUCUAUGCUCACUGUGACUGUAACUGCAAUCUAAAAUACAAAAUCAGAAGCCCAAAAACAGAAGUGACGAAAAACCUAAUCGCACCCACAAACACACAUAGACACACGCACACAAAAUAAGGAACAGAACAACAAUAAGAACAGCAAUAAGAGAAACCGCAAUUGAAGAUAUUUAUAAUUCCGAAAUCGAAGCAGACCGUUUACUUAAGAACCAAGCCUAAAUAUUAAAAAAAAAAACAAGAACAUUUGAUUGUUUAAUUGAUUGGAAAUGGCUUUAGACGAUUGUUUACUUAUUGAUUGAUUUUCCAGCUGAAUAUAAAGUACCUAAGUUUCUGUUUAUUUCAUAAGACUGAAUUACUGGAAUAUGAUUUAUUUUAAACGUGUAUAUAAUUAAGGUGUAAUAGCAAACUUUACAACUUUUACUAAUGAAGCAUCAAAAUUUUUGAAAUUAUUCUGAACUCAUUUAUUAAAAAAUUUAAAAAAAAAAAUCAAGAAGAACGUGAGAAGAAACGAGGAAAACAAGUGAUGAGAUAGUCAAGAGCGAAUGAAAUUAAUAUGCAACUAUUAAUAUACAACAUAUAUGGGAAAAUCCCGAUAUGAAGAUAUAUAUAUAUAUAUUUCAAUGGAUCGAUAACAAAAAAAAAAACAGCAAACCAAAGUGAAAUGAAAAUGAUGUUAAAAUAUAAGAAAACAAAACAUUUUUUAAUUCAAAUACUACUCUUGAUUUGUUUUAUGUGUUAAUAACUUAUUAAAUGAUAUUUCUUGAGAAUAUUACAAAAUAAAAUUGUUAGGAUAUUCAA